AUAAAAAAACAAAAUGCGAAUUUUUUGAAUAAUUUCUUUGAAGAUUCGAAUAUUUAUUAUAAAAUACUUUUUAAUAUCGAAGUAAAGGAAAGUCUCAAAUUCAUUGAGAGACUGAAGAAAUUGUUUCAUAGGUAUCGAAUGCGAUCGACUUUCGUUCGUUCUUCGUAUCGUCGCGUACCUUUCUUUAUAUCUUUUUUCAAAGAUACGAAAAGAAAAAAAAAAAAAAAAAAGAAAAAUAUAUGUCUCAUAUGCUUUGCAUUUCGACACCUGCGUCAACAUAACGUCUUGACGAAUCUUUGAAAACUUGUAUUCUAUUGUUUAUUAAGCUGUAAAACAGAUAAAUUGUAUAUGUAGAUCGUAGAAACGAUAGAAAACAAUCGUUGAAAAAUUACAAAGAAAAAUUACAUAUUUACAUUGAUUUCACACAUUACUGUAUAUUGAACGAAAUUACUCUUAAAACUGAACAAUCAUUUUUUUAUUAGUUAUAAUUGUUUAUUUGCCGAUUGUUUCGCCACGCGACUUGUCUGUUAUCAAGUACGCAGUCAGUUCAAGCAGAUUGCAAACAUAGAACAUAUGUGCCUUUUAUAAAUUCUAUUAUAAGAGACACACACACACACAUAUAUAUAAAUAAAUAAAUAAAUAUAUAUAUAUAUACACGUUACAUUAUUCGUAUGAUGUAUUAGAUUUCUUAUGUUCAAACAUUAAACUAUUUUUUUUUAUUUGAACGAACGAACCAUCGAUCAUUUUCAUUCGAUAAAUCAAAAAAUCUAAUAAGUCUCUUUGUUUGUAUUAACGUGAAAGCAAAAGUGAUUUUAUUAUAACAAUUAUCUAACGCGAUCAUUCGUUAUCGAUUUGUAUGAAUUACAAUUAAAUUUUUUUAAUUCGUAGCUAUAUCGAUGAUUCCUUUUACAUCAACAUACUCGAGAUUAAGAUUGAAAAAUCGAAUAUGCUUGAAUUCAUAUAGAAACAAUCAUUUUGCAAGAUCUUUCGAUAAUUUCUUUUUUGUAUUGAAAUAUUGAAGAGAGAAUUCAAGAAAUCGAAUUUACUUGAAUUUCCAUAAGAAAUAAUCAUUUCGAAGGAUGCAUCAUUAUUGCGUACCGAAAAUGAUUUAUAUGAUAUUUCGAAACAGUAUAAGAGUUCAUUUAUAUGAUAUUUCAAAACAGUAUAAAAGUUCAUUUAUAUACUAUUUCAAAAUAGAAUAAAAAUUUCUUUAAAUUUCUUAAGAAUUUCGUCGAAAUUAAAAAAAUCAUUGAAAUUCAAAACAAAAAUGCUAUGUUACCAGGAACGUUCCCACAUUUUAAUUAAAAAAAGAAUUGAAGAAUUGAAAAUCAUUGCAAUUUUUCGUUUUCCAUAAAAGCAAUAUCCCUUAAUAAUAAUACAUUGUAAUAGAGGCGAUUCUAUAUGUUUUUUCUUUUUUUUUUGCUACUUAACGCAUUGCAAAUUUUACUGUCUCGGACGAGAUAUCUUUCGUACAAAAUAUUCUAUCCAUUAAUGCAACGACCUUUUCGACGUCAAUGCAUAUUUUAUAUACAUAUACCGAUGUGGAUAUAAAAGGGGAACGAUGAAGAGAAGAGAAUUGAAUUCGAGCUGUGAAAUUCAUCGAUAUUCUUGCACAGGAAUCCUGUGAAAAUGCCUGUCGACAUAACAUAAACGAAGAUGCAAAUGCAAACAUCAGUUUAAGCUGUAGAGGAAUGGAUUCUAUUGUGAUUAAGCAUAAUGAUGGGUCAUAUAUUAUCGAGCAAAGUACAAAAGAUCUUAAUUGGAAGACAGUAAAAAUUAGCAACGGCAAAUUCUCGUCCUUUUCUAAUUUAAUAGCAAAUACAUCUUAUCGAUUUCGUUUGAGUAGAUUAAUGGGACAUGGUGUAUCUCGAUCGGAAGUAUCAGAUUGGUUUUCAACUUACGACGUCGGUUAUGUGCCGAAGAAAGUUUCCAACGUGUCUUUGUUGAAAAUAGAAAUAGAUAAAAGCGAUGUAUGUCGGCUUUCUGCAGACAUUCGCUUCGAGCCAGCGGACGAUUUGAGUUGCGAUUAUAAUAUUUUGUAUUGGCAAUACGUGCACGAUUUAAGACACUUUGUAAUUCGAAAGGCUUCGACUUUUCUUAUCCAUCUUAGAAAUUUAGAAUUUGAUCGAAACACAACGAUAUAUAUUUCUUCUGUGAACAGUGGCGAUAACAAAUUUAGCGAUCAAACGACCUUAACAUUUGUCACACCCUCUUGUUUGGAAACACACAAUAAUUUAAGCAUUUGCUCUCCGGAGAAGGUCAAAGGACUACGCAUAAUAGAUAUUUACAAAUAUGAUGGUCUUUACGAUGUUUCCGUUAACUGGGAUAAACCUAGCAAAGAACCGGAUAAUUAUACGAUCCAAUUGGAAACGUUACGAGAAAAUAAAAUACUUCUGACGGUACCUGGGAAUGUAACUGAGGCUCAUUUUUUAAAUAUUAAAUUGGAGCAACAAUAUAAAGUCAGUAUUAUCGCUGAUUCAGUUGGUGGUUCUAGUCCGAUAUCUUGGAAGAUAAAUGAUUGCAAUCCGCCGAUAGUAAAUGAAUACAGUCUUUAUCAGAAAAUCAUUAUAUCGUUAGCGAUUUUAAUAACGAUCGUGAUAUUGAUGGCAACUUGCAUGUACCUGUGUAUACGGAAAAAAAAUCUAUGUUGUAUGCAACAUUCGCAUGUUCGGGUUGUGAGUCAAAAUACAUUGCCUACGAAUACGCCUAAAUUAUUGCAAGAUGAUAAGAACGUGUCUAAAGAUGAAAAUGUUCCUUUGCCAUUGGAUAAGUUUGAAUUAUGUCCGAAAAAAUUGCAAUUAAGAGAUAUUCUUGGAAGUGGUGCUUAUGGGGUCGUUAGAUUUGGAACGUUUCAAGAUGAUUUCGGUGGUGUUACUAACGUGGCAGUUAAAGGGCUCAAAGAUAAUCCGACCGUGGAUGAUAUAAACAAUUUUUAUCGAGAAAUUCAGAUUAUGAAAUCAGCUGGUAAACAUCCAAAUAUAGUUUCAUUGAUUGGAUAUUGUACAAUAUAUAACAAACCAUUGCUGAUUGUGGAAUAUUGCUCCAACGGUGAUCUUCAAACGUAUUUGAGAAAGAUAUGGAAAAAUACGAUGAACGGUGUUUAUGAUUAUAAGUCGCAAUUUACAUUUGAACAACAUUUUCAUAAUUAUGAAAAUGAUCAAGAGAAUCUAACUGUUGAAAAUUGUUUAUACGAUAUUCAACAAGAAUACAUUACCGCGGUCGAUUUAUUAAAUUUUGCAAGGCAAAUUGCUAAUGGAAUGGAAUUUUUAUCUAGCAAUCGAAUAGUACAUCGUGAUUUGGCUGCACGAAAUAUUUUGGUAUGCUCUGACAGUAUUGUCAAGAUUUCAGAUUUUGGUCUUAGUCGUGAUAUUUAUCAAGAAAAUGUUUACAAGAAAAAAGGAGGUGGUAAAUUGCCAUUAAAGUGGAUGGCGAUCGAGGCUUUGACGCAUCAAAUGUAUACAACUCGCAGUGACGUAUGGUCUUUUGGUAUUUUGUUAUGGGAAAUAGUCACGUUAGGUUGCACUCCAUAUCCUGAUAUACCUACAAAUCAUAUCUUGAAGCUUUUAAAAACAGGAUAUAGAAUGGAAAAACCUCCGAACUGUGGAGAAAAUUUAUACAAUAUAAUGUAUUCGUGUUGGCAUCUCAGACCUCAAAGCAGACCGACUUUUACGGAAUUGAGGAAAGAUUUAGACACGUUACUCAAUAAUUACGCUAAUAAUAAAUAUUUAAAGUUGAAUUAAAGAUUACAAGAAGUCACAAAAAAUAAGGAAAUGAAUAAGUAAAUAAAUAAAAAUGAUCAGUGCUUUUUGAUGAGAUAGUAAGGAAAAUUAUAUAAAUGGUAUUUUGUUAGAUUUUGGUCUCUUUUAUUACUAUAACAAGAAGGAAAAGAAUUAUCAUCAUCGAGUAUUAAAGUCAUUGCUAUGUAUUACCGUUUGAGAAAGUCAUACCAUGUGCAAAAUCAUUUAUUUCGUAAGUAUUUUUACGUACAAUAAUCUGUGAUAUAAUCCCUUACACAUAUACGUAUGUAUAUGACUUUGUGUAUGAGAGAGAGCGCGAGUGUAUAUGUAUAGUGUUUAAUAAUAUUAUAUAUAAUGUGUGUGUAUGUACAUAUAUAUAUAUAUAUAUAUAUAUAUAUAUAUAUAUAUGUAUGUAUAAUCUUUCAAUUUUAAUAAUUCAAAUUUACAUUGACGGAAAGUAACUAACCGUAAGAUUUUUCUUCGUACUUCUUCACUUUCAAUUGUGCGAUGUUUAACAAUAUUACACACACAAUAUACGUCCUACCAUCUGAAGAUCUCACUAUCAAUAAAUGACGAUUAAUGUUUUCUUGGCAAGAACAUUAAGAUUGAAGAGUCGAUUCAGACCGUAGAGAAAUGAUUGAUACACGAUAAAUAAUAAAAGCUAAGAAAGUGUACAAGGAACUCGAUUAUUCGUACAACAUUUUAUCUUAAACACUUAAGAGAUAUAUAUCUACAUGUAUAUAUGUACUGCAUUGGCUAGGCACAUUUUUGCUAUUGCGAGAGGAACUUUGCGUUUUUAUUUUUAAAAAAAAAAAAAAAAAAAGAGAGAGAGAGAAAGAGAAAGAAAAAAAAAAAUAGGAAAAAAUCCACGGGAAUCGACUCGUCAAUUUAAAGUAAAGAAUAGGAUCGAUUUGUUAAAUGACAAAUGAAGAAGUAACAUGUGUUUUUUGAUAAUACCUUUUAAAGUACAGACAAAUAUUUUGGACAUGUUUUUUUUUUUUUUUAAUAUAUCGCUUUAUUACAAUAUACUAAUAAUUGAUAUGAAACAGAGAUCGUGUCUUAAUAUGGAACUCGAUCCAUCGGACAGAUCUUAUCACCAAUAGAAGAUAUCCCUCUUUUUUUGUACGCACAGUUGGAGUUAUAUUUGGAGGAUAAUAUAAAAAGUUUAUAUAACUCCAAAUCUCUCAAAUGUUAAGAUGUUUUUCUAUUCGCAUUCAACGCGUGAAAAAAUUUCGUAACAUGACUGAGAGAAGCACAUCUUAUCUGUGAACAAUAGUUACAAUAAUCCCGUACGAAUCUUUUUUGUCCUUCCUUAAAACUAUGUACAACUUAAUUGGAAAAUUUUUUUAAUCGUUAGGCUUUAUGGGAUAUCUUUACGAUGCAACGAUUAUCUUUAUAAGUUCUACGAUAUACAGCUAAAAAUGUACAUUUUUUUAUAUCGAUAGAAAAAGAAAAGAAUAUGUGUUAAACAAAAAAUUAUACAUCAUGACGUAUCAAAGAAAUAUGGACAGCAGUGUUCUCGUUUAUACUCAGGCUUUUUUUUUUUUUUUUCAUGGACUUUGUUUUGAAUAUUAUCAUAUAUAUUAUUAUACUUUGAAAAUCUUAUAGGUCAAACAUAAUAACUCAAUGUUCCAUAAAUUUAUACUGGUAUCCAAACAAUUACAUUUAACAAUUAACGAGAAUACUUCGUAAUACUUAAACUGCGGCUAUUUCGUAAAAAAUCGUUGAAGAAAGACUCCAAUAGAAAUAUUAUAUUUUAUAUAAUACAAAUAAUGGUGACGGUAGUUUAUAGUGAUAGUGGCCAUAAAAAUAAAUAUUAAUCAUGUACAAGUCAUCUUAAUAUUUGAUAGCUGUAAAUUAGAUAAUUUUAUAAAUCCUUCUAUGAACAUAAAUCAUAUAUUUUCGUAAUUAAGUUUAUAAUUGCAUCAAUGCUGGAAAAAAAGUAAAAAUAUAAAAAUUUAUGAAUAUGCAUGUGGUUUUCCGUAUUAUUGAGAUGUUAUUACUUGUUAAAUGUACUUUCAUAAUCUGUGAAUUGCAAUCUUUCUUUUAUUGUAAGAAUGGUAUCACAGAGGAAAUUGUUGUAUUACAAAUGAUUAUGUUAUUUUUUUAAAAUUUUUUAUUAUUACUUUUUUUUUUAUUUUGAUUUUACUGCGAAUAAUUAAAAAUGCAUAGUGAUAAUUUCAAAGAAUGGACAGGCCAAAGUUUUUUUCAUACAUAUUUGCAAUCUCAUUCAUCAAUAAUAUUUCCAGUUAUAGGUAUGCAAUUAUCUGAGAAAUACUAUUAAUGAAUAUUUCGUACAAGAUCAUAUCUUGCGAUCAUUAAUAAGUAUACAUUCGCUUAUAAUAAACAUAAAUCAUAUUAUAUGACUAUCAAGUACGACAUGAAAGUUAUCUCGAGGAAACGUUUGAUAACGAACGAAUUUUUAUAUAUGGAUUGGCAUAGUUUGACCAAAGAAAUGAUUUUUUCAGAAAAAUAACUAGGUAAAUUAUAAUAAUACAUUACUUUUAAUUCUUAUAGAAUAAAGAAAUGACGUGUUCUUAUAAAAUAUUAAUGAUAAGAAAAGUAGCUCUAACCGAAUAUUAUUUAAUUAAUAUAUUCCUUUCUUUGAAAAGUCAGAAAUCACAGACAACGUAGUCUCUCUAUAUCGGUAAGAUAGACCGACAGGAAUUUUAUCAUCGACAAUUUCACUGCCUUUUGUACGACUUUCGAUGCUACCUAUAUCAGAUGCUAUCGUUUCUAAUUAAACUAUCUUCCUUGUCAACUGGCGGUGGACCUGUGGUAAGUGUCGUACUGGGUCCUGCCGUUAGAUAACCAGCGGAUACUGGUGUUCCAGCUGAUAAAUAAUCGAAAAGAUAUAUUUUUCUAUUCGCGAUAUUUAUAUUUAAAUUUAAACAUAAAUACCGAUUUGAAAAUCUUGUCAUACCUGUUAAAUAGCCUGAGUUGGUAGCGUUGGAUAUAAAUAAAUCAUGUCGUUGAUCUUUGUAUUCUGCCCAGACACUAGAUCUUUCUAGUAUAGCGAUAACUUUUUCACCUAAAAGUAAACUUUUUGUCAUUGCUUUCAAAGCUUUUACUAUUUGCGCUUUUGUUGUAGCUGGAUUAUCGAUAACAUCUAACCGUCCUUCCAAUAUAUUUAAGAGAUAUGGCACCAUUUCAGCUUCCAGUGCCUAAAUACAAUUCAAACGUAUACUGUACUUUAAUUUUUUUAUUUAAUUACAAAGUAUAUAUUAAUGUCUAUGUUUUACAGUGUAACGUACCUGUUUAAUAAGUCUAUCUUCAUUCGUUGAAAAUAAUCUAUUUAAAGUCUCGCAUGCUAUUGCUAUCAUAUCCCGUCUGGAUUGCAUAGCAUGUUUUAAUGGACUUAUACACUCUGUUUGACAAAUAGAUGAUAUACAAAUCUAAAAAUCGAAAAGAAAAGAAAUAUAAUAAUACGGUAAUUAUAAUUAGAAUCGUUAUAUUUUAAUAUUAAAUUAAUUCACCUCGCUGGUAGCUAAUUGAUGUAAUAUUAAUAUUGCUGUUUUGUAUACGGAAGGUUGAUUGUUUUGCAUAGCCAUUUGCUUACAUAGUCGUGGAAUAUGGCCUAACGAUGGUACUUGAUCUGCUAAUAUCGGUUGCACUUGUAAUAAACAUACCAAAGCUUGUGUUGUAAGCUCUAACAUCUCCGGCUGAAAAAAUAUGUUAUUGUAAAUACACUCAUAUAUGAUCUGGUGGUUAUGAAAGUGAUCUAAGUCAUAUAAUAUUUUCAUCUUGAGAUAUUUUAAUGUUUGAGUUGGAAUUAUUUGAUAAUUAUUUUUCUAUAAUAAAUAAACAAGAAGAGUAAGUAUAUUUAUCUUCGAAAAAAAUAAUUCUUUUAUAUAAUUUUAAAAUAUCAACAACAGCUAGCGCGUGACAAAAUGUGUCUUAAUAUCUCAAAUGACUCAGAUCACUUUCACAAUCCACCAGCUCUAAUAUAUAAGAUAAGAUGAUAUUUUCGGCUAAUUAGUUUGUAACUCUUACGUCAGUCUUUUCUUUCGACAUAAGUGUUAGAAUAGUGUCCAUAAGUUCAUUUAAAAAUUCUUUAGGCUUUCUAAGAGCCCAUGCAGGACUAGCUAUAAAUAAUCUGAGGUAUACGCCGCCUACUAUAGGUUCAUUUGUAGCGAUAUCAAUAUUCUUUUGAGCCUCUGGUACAUUCAAUUUCUCAUUAGGAUUGCGUCUUUGUAAUGCGAAAUAUCUGUACAAAAAAUUAUUAUAAUGUAAAACAAUAUAUAGUAUUUUCAAUAA